CCAUUCCCGGCACACAACAACAGCAACCUCCAAGCGACAUCGUCAACACACAAACCAUUUUUCUAGUUCACCGGCCGUUGCCGAGAUGAAGCCCGCCGCGCAGCCGGUCACCGGCAUGCCCGUCGGCGCCGCCCCGUCCGCCUGGUCCUCCGGCCUCUUCGACUGCUUCGACGACUGCGGCCUCUGCUGCGUGACCUACUGGUGCCCGUGCAUCACGUUCGGCAAGGUGGCGGAGAUCGUGGACAGGGGCUCGACGUCGUGUGGCACCAGCGGCGCGCUCUACGCGCUCCUGUGCUCGCUCACCGGCUGCCAGUGGAUCUACUCCUGCACCUACCGCUCCAAGAUGCGCGCCCAGUACGCGCUCCCGGACGGGCCCUGCUGCGACUGCUGCGUCCACUUCUGCUGCGAGCCCUGCGCGCUCGUCCAGCAGUACAAGGAGCUCAAGGCCCGUGGCUACGACCCGGAGAUCGGCUGGCACCUCAACAUGGAGCGCCGCAGCGCCGGCGCCGGCGCUGGCAACCCGCCUGGCGUACAGGUGAUGGGCCGCUAACUGCCUAGCUGGUCAAGCUCAUCUGCUGCUAUAUUAAUAUAUUAUUGCCAGUUUGUGUCUGCGUAGUUUAUGUUUGAUAAAUUGUUGCGUCUGAGUAUGUUGGAUGAGCAAAUGUGUUUGCUCUGGCAACUUCAAUAAACUUUUGUUGCCAGUUUGUGUCUGCGUAGUUUAUGUUUGAUAGAUUGUUGCGUUUGAGUAUGUUGGAUGAGCAGAUGUGUUUGCUCUGGCAACUUCAAUAAACUUUUGGUUUGCA